ACUUGCUGUAUUAGGAACUUGUAACACUGACCAUGAGUACAGCCAGUACAAAAGCACAUUUUAUUGGUUGCACUGCCAUGUCAUGAGCACUAGAUUACAGAUCUGUAGCCAUAGCAUGCCUCAGCCACCUCUCCCCAACUCCUACUUCCCCUCUGUCUCUGCAGGCACAUCUGCUGCCAUGGUGAAUGAGAAGCACAGUGGCAACCUGCUUGUGCAGCUGGGACCCAAACUGCAGGCCUACCCGGAGAAGCUGCUCCGGCAGCGUCGAGGCCACAACGGCCGGACUGAAUACCUGAUCCAGUGGAGUGUGAUUAGCUUGGAAGAGAGAGCAGUGGGAGGCAGCAGUGCCUCCUGUGCAGAGACCAAGCCAGAAAACAUCUCGAUGUGGAUGUCUGCAGAAGAGGUCUGUGCCAGCUGCCCAGCACUGCUGGGCAAGAGGAAGCUGGAAGGGCUGUGGGUGAAAGAGGAGAAGGCACCAAGUCCGUUGGCUGCAGAUGUCCCACUGGACGAAGCCUCGCUGCUGGAGAUGAAGGCUGAUGUCAGGAGCCUGGUGCAGCGAGCCAUGCGGCAGGUGGCCGAGGCCGGGACGCCCAAGUGCUCCAUCCUGAACACUGUGCACGUGCUGAGCGCCUACGCCGGCAUUGGCUCUCUGGCGGGUGCCUUCAGGGAGACGGGAGCCCUGGACGUGCUGACGAAGAUGCUGUGCCACCGGGAGAAGCAGAUCCGCCACAGUGCCGGCAAGAUGCUGCGGACCCUGGCUUCGCAGGAUGCAGAGAGCCGGGCCUAUGUCCUGCUGUCCCUGAGCCAGCAGGAUGGCAUUGAGCAGCACGUGGACUUUGACAGUCGCUGCACCUUGCUGGAGCUGUUUGCUGAGAUAACAUCCUCUGAAGAGCAGUGCAUGUCCUUUGAGGGGAUUCACCUUCCACAGAUCCCUGGGAAGCUGCUGUUUGUCCUGGUGAAGCGCUACCUGUGUGUCACUUCUCUCCUGGACAAGCUGAGCAGUGGUGUGGAGCAGGGAGAGGAGCAGCAGGGGUGCGCUGUACCCAGCCUGCUCCCUGAGGAGAGGAGCCGUGUGAAGCAGGAGUUUGAGUUCAGCAUGGCCAUGGCAAACCUCAUCUCGGAGCUGGUGCACACGAUGGGCUGGAACCACAGCCACAAGCCAGAGCUGUCGCCCCGACAGGAGCUCCGGCCUCGCACCACCCGCUCUGUCUUCCAGCACAAGACUCCAGCCAGCACUGCUGCUGAAGCAGCCCCUGUUUCCCCACCAAAAGAGCCCAUCACCUUCAAGACACGCUCAGCCUUCCCGAGCCGCAGCAGCUACGUGGAGUACGUGCAGGCGAACCUCACGUGCGGCAUGCGAGUGCGCAUGCUGGAGGACUAUGAGCAGGUCAGCGCAGGUGACGAGGGCGAAUUCCGCCGCAGCAACGAUGGCAUGCCACCCGUGCAGGUGUACUGGCAGGCCCUGGGCUGUACAUACUGGGUUCACUGGCACAUGGUUGAGAUGAUUGGCCCUUCAGAGCAAAAGGAACUUGAGGGCCAGGAGAAGGUGAACACCCUGACACAAAAACACAGAUUGAGAGCAGUUGCACAGCCAUUUUUGUGCAAGCCCUUGGGAGGUCUGUACUCCCUGCCUUACCUGGGGCAGCCACCGACCAAGGCUGCAGAGGCCCUGAGCCGUGCCGAGUGGUGGGAGCUGCUCUUCUUUGUGAAGAAGCUGGAAGCACAGGAGCAGAAAGAGAUCACCUUUCUCAUCCAGCAUGACCAGGGAGAGCAGGUGGAUGAAGAAGCCCUGAUCCAGCUGUCGGUACCUGCGGAACUGGCCCAGAAGGUGCUGCAGGUCUUGGAGAAGCGGUGCCAGGGCAGCACUCUGCGUGACCUGCGUGGCUGCUGCGUCUAUGCCAGAUACUUCCUCAGUAGGGGGGCUGAGCAGGAUGGUGCGGGGAGCACUGCAGUGUCCUCAGAGGGCAGUGGCUGCAGGAGCAUUGGCCGUGAAGCCACGAUGGCCAAGGCAGCAAAGGAAGACCUUUCUGCAGCCACAGUGCUGCCCCAAGCCCCCAGUGUGGCAGUGAAGUCCGAUUCCCAGCUGUUCAGCGAGCUCCUUGGGAGUGAAGGGCUGUGCUUCCCAGAGGUGACAGAGGAGCAGAUCAAAGUGUUGGGCAGCUCCAAAGGGGUGAGCGAGAGCGGCUCGCUGGCCGAGAUUGCAGCCAUGGUGGACGUGAUCCAGAGCAGCAGCUCAGCGGUGGGGCUGCGCUUAGCUGGGCUCAAGCAAAUCUUGAAGAUCCUGGAGGAGGAGCCCAAGUCCGAGCAGCAAGUUGGCACAGCCCAGGGCAGGCUGGGGACCGGGAGCGCUGGGGAGAAGCUGGUGCAAGUGGCAGUGGAGCUGCUGAGCACUGAGGUGGCAGAGAAGGCGCUGGUGGCAGUGACGCUGCGGCUGCUGGCCGUGCUGAUGGCGCAGCACGACUGGCGUGUGCCGUUUGCCACGGAGGGUGGCGUGCGGGCCGUGCUGGCCUGCAUGCAGCAGCACAGCUCCUCCGCCCUGGUGCAGCAGGCUGGCCUGGCGGCCCUGAAGGUGCUGGUGGGAGCUGCAGAUGGUGAGCCAGGAGGUGGGAAGUCCUUGUCCUGGAACCAUGCUGACGUGCAGAUGAUGCGGGAGAUCUUUGCCAGCAUCGGCUCUGCCUCCAGCGAGGGCUCUGCCAGUCUGCUGAGUACUAUCCCUGCUGCCCUGAGCAUCAUGCAGAGGGUCCCAGGGGGCUCCUCAGGAGUGCAGAAUGGCUUGCUGGUGGUGAACAUGCUGAUGGAUGGGCACCGGGGCCUUGCGGAGCAGCUGGCGAGUUGCGACCUCCCGGCGGUGCUGCAGAGCUGCUGGAGGGGUGGGCAGAGCAGCGGCUGCCCUCAUGCGGUGCUGGCCCUCCGCGCCAUCAACCGCCUCGCAGAGCACGGGCUGCCCCUGGGCCUGGAGGCAGCAGGCAGAGAAGCCCCACUGGACCUGAAGGGUGUGCAGAUGCUUCUGGGCAGCCUGGAGGAUGGCGCUUUGUCCAAGGAGGUGGUGGUGGCCCUGGAACGGCAGCUCUGCGGUGAAGGCCCUGUCCCCUCUGGGCAGGUGGCCCAGCUGCUGCAGGACCACAGCUACUUCAGGCUGCUGCUGCGCAGCUUGGAGCUGCUGGGGGUGGAGAAGGCUGUGAGCCUGAGCAUCCUCAGGAUCCUGAACAAGUUCCUGGACAGUUAUCAGGAGGAUGUGCUGCCCUGGCACGAGUGUGUGGAGCCCUGUGUGUCCUCCCUGAGCGCCCACAGCAGCAGCUGGGAGGUGCUGCAGGAGGUCGUUGGCUUCCUGCACCGCCUGGCCACUGCCAGCAAGGACUGUGUGGUGGUGAUGUGCCACGUGGGCACCCACGAGGCUCUGUCCAAAGCCCUGGAAAAGCACAGUGUGGCUCCGUCGCUGGCACCAGCCCUGCUCAACCUGGUGACGGACUGUGAGAAGUACGCCAGCCUCUACAAGAAGCUGACGACCAGAAUCUUGGCUGGCUGCAUCCAGCUGGUCCUGGGGCAGAUUGAGGAGCACCGCCGGAGUCACCAGCCCAUCACCAUACCCUUCUUUGAUGUCUUCCUGCAAAACCUGUGCCGAGGUGAGUGCUGGGAGUGGGAACUGACCCCUGUGCUGGCUUGGUGGCUGAAGGCUCUGUGUUCUCUCCCCACAGGCUCCAGCCUGGAGGUGAAGGAAGACAAGUGUUGGGAGAAGGUGCAGGUCUCCUCCAACCCGCACCAGGCCAGCAAGCUCACGGACAGGAACCCCAAGACAUACUGGGAGUCAAAUGGCAGCACUGGCUCCCACUUCAUCACUGUGCACAUGCAGUGUGGUGUGGUGAUCAGGGAGAUGAGCAUGCUGGUGGCCAGUGAGGACUCCAGCUAUAUGCCAUCCCGCGUCGUGGUGCUGGGUGGGGACAGCCCUGCCACCAUCAGAACGGAGCUCAACACGGUUACCAUCCUGCCUUCGGACAGCAGAGUGAUCCUGCUGGAGAACAUGACCCGCUUCUGGCCCAUCAUCCAGAUCCGGGUGAAGCGGUGCCAGCAGGGUGGCAUUGACACACGUGUGCGUGGCAUCGAGGUGCUGGGUCCCAAGCCCACUUUCUGGCCUGUCUUCAAGGAGCAGCUGUGCCGGCGGACAUUUCUCUCCUGCACUGCUCAGGCUCAUGCCUGGGGCCAGGAGAUCUGCCGGGACCGGGGGCAACUGCUGCAACUCUUUAGCAAACUGAACCGGGCGCUGCAACACGAGCAGGGCUUCGCCGACCGCUUCCUUCCUGAUGACGAGGCAGCCCGGGCAUUGGGCAGGACGUGCUGGGAGGCCCUGGUGAACCCCUUGGUGCAGAGCAUCACUAGCCCAGACCCUGAUGGCGUCAGUCCCCUGGCCUGGCUGCUGAGGGAGUACCUGGAGCGUGUGGAGCCGCCCCGCCAGGCCAGGGGACACAGGGCUGCCUUUGGAUCCUGUGUGCGGUGCCUGACCCAGCUCCUGGUGCACGUGGACCCUGGUGGCCCAGAGCCGGAGGAGACAAGAGCAGCUGGUGGGAAGGCAGGGAAGAACAAGGAGGUGCUGGCCAGGUCUGUGAAGGCAGUGGUGGAGAAGUCGAGCGGCCUGUGGGGAAUCUCUCAGUGCUGGCGUGGCGUGGUGCAGCAGCAGGUGCAGCAGUUCCUGGAGGCAGCAGGGCAGGUGCCAGACCUUGCGGAACAAUACUGCGGGCUGUACCAGCACCUGCGCAGUGCCACAGAGGAGCUCUUUGGGCAGCAGGCCACCUUCAUGCUGGCCCUGGGCCAGGGCUUUGCAGGGGCUUUGCUGCAGCUCUCCUUCCUGACUGCCCUGCAUGUGAGUGAGCAGUUUGCCCGCUACCUCGAUGUGCAGAUCCAGGAGCUCCGCAGGGCAGCACAGGGCAGCACAGGGCCGCUGGAGCGGCUGCAGCAGUUCUUGGAGCCCUUUGUCGUCUUCAGUGGCCUGGAGCUCGCCCACAGCUUCGAGCACUUCUACAGGCACUACCUGGGGGACCGGCUCCUGACACAAGGGCUGUCUUGGCUGGAAGGAGGCAUCGUGGAGCAGAUCGGGCUGUGCUUCCCCAGCCGCUUUCCCCAAGAUAUGCUGAGCAACUUGGCUGAGUCAGAGGAGCUCCAGCGGCAGUUCUGCCUCUUCCAGCUGCAGGAGCAGGAUAAGCGGCUGCUGGAGCUGGACACGGGCCUGGAUGAGGUGCUGGAGACAGCCUCCGUGGCAGAUGUGCCGGAGGUGAAGGUGCUGGCCCUGUCCCCGCGCUGCUGGCCUGUUUCCCCACUCUGUUACAUGGAUAACCCUCGGAGGUUUUUCUCGGCAACACUGAGCUCCCCCCUAGAUGAGUUUGCCCACUUCUGCCAGCAGAGCCAGAGCCGGCUGGGCUGGGAGUGCACGAAGCCCCAGCGAUUGCAGUGGACGUGGCUGGGCCACGCUGAGCUGCAGUUUGGAGACUGUGUCCUCCACGUGUCCACGCUACAGAUGUACAUCCUGCUGUGCUUCAACAGUGCUGAGGAGGUGGCUGUGGAGGCCCUGCUGCAGGCUACAGGGCUCCCUGCUGACCUGGUGCACCACGCGCUGACACCGCUGACCCACGGCCAGGGCGUCCUGGUGCAGAGCUGCACACUGGGAGGUGCACUGCGGCUGAACCAGGCAGCCCUGGCCCAGGCCUCUGGCCGCCACCUGAGGCUGCUGCCCCAGCAGAGGUACCUGUGGACAGAGAGGGCUGAGGUGAGCACCCUGGAAAGGAAGAGGAACGUCCUCUGCUGCCUCAUCACCCGCAUCCUCAAGGUGGAGAAGCAGAUCCAUGUCGACAACCUGGUGUUCAGGGUGAUUGAUGCCUGUCAAAAGGGUGAACUGGGGCCAGGUGUGCAGUUCCUGAGCUUCUGCUGCCACAGCGUGGACGUGCUGUCCUGUGUCCUGCACCUGUUGAACCAGGGCUAUCUCCGGCGCCAGGAGGGGAGGCCUCAUGUCUUGGAAUACAUCUCUGCUGAACCCACAACACCCCCCACUUCCCAGGUCCAGCCACAGGUUGCCUUCCAGACUGUAGAGAUCAAGAUGGCAUCAAGCCUGGCCUCUGCCGAAAAGAGAAAGACGUUUUCCACAUUCAGGUAGAUGAGGACCUGGUUGGGAGGACUCAGGCUGGGUCUAGUCUGUUUCUUCCUUGUGGGUUCUAUUUAAAUAAAUGAGCCAAGUGCCAUCCA